AUGACACACAGCGCCAAAUCUGAUGUAGCACACGAGAAAAAAAAAAGCGAUGGUUUUUUGCUACUUUCUUUUUCUUACUUCUCAAACGGAUAUUCCGCUUGGAAAAGAAAAGGCGUGGCUCGGGGCAUUGCCAUUUUGGAAAUAGACUUUGGCGUUCCACGCCCAGAAGCGACCAAAGCGGCCAAUCAGGCCCACAGACGGGGCAGCAUGGCUUCUGGGCGGGCGCAUUUGUUAGGAACUGAAAAAGGCCCAGAGCCGGGCCCAGGCCCUUACCACGCCCGAUCCGGAAAGCGCGUUGCUUCUUUGGGACGAAAUAAUCGGAAGGUAAGCAGGUCCAGAUCCGCGUAG